UCUGCCCAGUUGCAUCUUUCCCUAAGUUGGGCAAGAGAUAGGUCUUGCUCAGUAUUCGGUUUGCAUGUCUCACAUGGAGAAACUGCUGUUAUUCAGAGAUGUGGCCAUUGAUUUCUCUGCAGAGGAGCAUGAAUGUCUGGACUCUGCUCAGUGGAAUUUGUAUACGGAAGUGAUGUUGGAGAAUUACAGCAACCUUGUGUUUCUGGGUCUUGCUUUCUCCAAGCCACACCUGGUCACAUUUCUGGAACAACGACCAGAGCCUUGGAAUGUGAAGACACAGGCAAGUGUAGGCCCAUACCCAGGAUCAAAACCCUAUCAGUGUAAACAAUGUGGUAAAGCCUGUGCAUGUCACAGCCAUCUGCAAAGUCAUAAAGGAAGAGAUACUAGAGUGAAGCCCUAUCAGUGUAAACAAUGUGGGAAGGCUUUUGGUUGGAAAUCACUACUUGUUCAACACCAGAGAAUUCAUACAGGAGAGAAACCCUACAUAUGUAAAGAAUGUGGCAAAGCUUUUAACUAUUCCUCCACCCUUAAGCAGCACCAAAGAAUUCAUACUGGAGAGAAACCUUACAAAUGUGAAGUGUGUGACAAAGCUUUUAAAUAUUCCUUCAGUUUUAAACAGCACCAAAGAAUUCAUACUGGAGAGAAACCUUACAAAUGUGAAGUGUGUGGCAAAGCUUUUAACUGUUCUUCAUAUCUGGGAAAGCAUCAAAGAAUCCAUACUGGAGAGAAACGCUACAGAUGUGAAGAAUGUGGUAGAGCUUUUACCAACUAUUCAGGACUUACUGUUCACCGAAGAGUUCAUACUGGAGUGAAACCAUACAGAUGUGAAGAAUGUGGCAAGACCUUUAGUGCUCGCACAACGCUCUCUAAACAUCAGAGAAUUCACACUGGAGAGAAACCUUACAAAUGUGAUGAAUGUGGAAAGACUUUUAGUGUACACUCAACAUUUUCUAAACACCAGCGAAUUCACACUGGAGAGAAACCUUACAAAUGUGAAGAAUGUGGCAUGGCCUUUAUUGGUCGCUGCAUUCUUUCUAAGCACCAGGGAACCCAUACUGGGGAGAAACCCUACAAAUGUAAAGAAUGUGGCAAAGCUUUUAACUGUUCUUCCAGCCUUCACCAACACCAACAAAUUCAUAGGGGAGAGAAACUCUAUAAGUGUGAUGACUGUGGGCAGGCCUUUAGCUGUUCGUCAUAUCUAUAUAAGCAUCGUCGAAUCCAUACUGGCAUGAAACCCUACAAAUGCAAGGAAUGUGGCAAAGCUUUUAACUGUUCCUCCAGCCGUAACCAACACCAACGAAUACAUAUUUGAGAGAAACUCUACAAAUAUGGUAAAUGUGGCCAGGCCUUUACUUUUGCUUCAUACCUGCAUAAGCAUUUGCGAAUCCAUAUUGGUGAGAAACUCUACAAAUGCAAGGAAUGUGGCAAGGCCUUUUACUGUUCUACCAAACUUAUUUACCACUGGAGAGUUCAUACUGGAGAGAAACCAUAUAAGUGUGAUGAGUGUGGGAAGGCCUUUAGCAUUUAUUCAUCCUUUAUGAAGCACCAGUGCAUUCAUAGGGGAGAAAAACCCUAUAAGUGCAAUGAAUGUGAGAAAGCCUUUAAUAACUGUCAUACUCUACCUCGACACCAAAGAAUCAAUAUGGGUGAGAAGCCCUACAAAUGCAAGACUGGCAAAGCCUUCCCUUGUACCACAGGCCUCACUCAACAUGAAAGAACUCACACUGGAGAGAAACCUUACAAAUGUGAAGAAUGUGGCAAGGCCUUUAAUUCUUCUUCAAAUCUUAAACAUCAUUGCAGAUUCCAUAUUGGAGAGAAGAUGUACAAAUGUGAGCAAUGUAGCAAAGUCUUUAAAAAUUGCACCAGCUCACCAGGCGAGAACAUCGAAGAGGGACAGCUGCAAGAUAGUCACGGCAGCGCCGUUUUAUUACGCGCCAACGUAUUUCAGGGCAGUCCUUCGCAUAGACUUCUGGGAAAUGUAGUCUCUCUCAGCAUGACCCCGUUAGACAGGACUCUGGUCUCUGUGCUUCCGGGUUCAUUUUGCAUUUGUGAUUCUCCAAACUCUGCGGCGUUCUCAAAGUUGGGACAGUGUGGCUUGUUCUUCGCGCUUAACAUGGAGGACCUUCUCUCAUUCACAGAUGUGGCCAUUGAUUUCUCUGCAGAUGAGUGUGAAUGUCUGGACUCUGCUCAGUGGAAUUUAUAUAAGGAAGUGAUGUUGGAGAAUUACAGCAACCUUGUGUUCCUGGGUCUUGCUUUCUCUAAGCCGUACCUGGUCACAUUUCUGGAGCAGAGUUCAGAUCCGUGGAGCGUGAAGAGGAAAGCAUCAGCGGCCAUCCAUCUAGGAUCAAAACCCCACAAAUGUAAAGAGUGUGGGAAGGCCUUUGAUAGGAACUCAGUCCUUAUUCAACAUCAAAGAAUUCAUACUGGAGAGAGACCCUACAAAUGUGAAGAAUGUGGAAAAUCUUUUAACUAUUCUUCCAGCCUGAAACAACACCAAAGAAUUCAUACUGGGGAGAAACCCUACAAAUGUGAAGUGUGUGGCAAAGCUUUUAACUGUUCUUCAUAUCUGGGAAAGCAUCAAAGAAUCCAUACUGGAGAGAAACGCUACAGAUGUGAAGAAUGUGGUAAACCUUUUACUAAUUGUUCAGGAUUGAUUGUUCACAGAAGAGUACAUACUGGAGAGAAACCCUACAAAUGUGAAGAAUGUGGCAAGGCCUUUAGUGUUCGCACAACACUCUCUAAACAUCAGAGAAUUCACACUGGAGAGAAACCUUACAAAUGUGAUGAAUGUGGAAAGACUUUUAAUGUACACUCAACACUUUCUAAACACCAGCGAAUUCACACUGGAGAGAAACCUUACAAAUGUGAAGAAUGUGGCAUGGCCUUUAAUGUUCGCUGCAUUCUUUCAAAGCACCAGCGAACCCAUACUGGAGAGAAACCCUACAAAUGUAAAGAAUGUGGCAAAGCUUUUAACUGUUCUUCCAGCCUUCACCAACACCAACAAAUUCAUAGGGGAGAGAAACUCUAUAAGUGUGAUGACUGNGGGCAGGCCUUUAGCUGUUCNUCAUAUCUNUAUAAGCAUCGUCGAAUCCAUACUGGCAUGAAACCCNNCAAAUGCAAGGAAUGUGGCAAAGCCUUUUACUGUUCUGUAAACCUUAUUUACCACCAGAGAAUUCAUACUGGAGAGAAACCAUAUAAAUGUAAUGAGUGUGGUAAAGCCUUUAGCAUUUGCUCAACAUUUAUGAAACACCAGAGAAUACACAGUGGAGAAAAACCCUAUAAAUGCAAAGAAUGUGAGAAGGCCUUUAAUAAUUGUUAUAAUCUAAUUCAGCACCAAAGAAUUCAUACUGGAGAGAAACCCUACAAAUGUAAAGACUGUGGCAAAGCCUUUAAUUAUACUUCAAGUCUUGCUCAACAUGAAAGAAUUCACACUGGAGAGAAACCUUAUAAAUGUGAAGAAUGUGGCAAGGCCUUUAACUCUUCUUCAAAUCUUAAACAUCAUUGGAGACUCCAUACUGGUGAGAAGCCCUACAAAUGUGAACAAUGUGGGAAAGCCUUUAAAAACUGUUCUGGCUUUACUCGACACUAUAGAAUUCAUACUAGAGAAAAUCCAGAUUAGUGCAACCAUUGUUGCAAAGCCUUCCAUAAUCAUUUACUGAUAAUUCAACACUAAAGAAUUUAUAUGAUAGGGAAAGGAACGAGGGAAGACCUUUAAUAAUAGCUCAAUCCUUAUUCUCCCUCCUCCAUUACAUGCAGGAGGGAUCUUGUAAUGUGAAGAAGGUGGUUGUGAUGAGCAAUCUAUAUUCAUGCAACACUGAAAAUUUUCAUUUUACAGAAACCCUACAAAUGCAAGUAAUGGGGGAAAUGCACAUUCACCACGAGUGAAUUGUAAUCAAACUAUAUAUGUACACAAUGAGUUGGGAAGGAACACUGUCGAAUAUAUGAAACUGAGACAACCGAACUCUUACAGUAAGAAGCACUGUGUACACUGUUACAAGAUCAAGUAUAUCUUAAGAGAUAUAAGAGACAAAUUCCAAGAGUUGUAUAAAACUUAGCAAAGCAACAAAUACUGCUUUUAAUUGGCAGGAAAAUGUUUGGUGCGAUAUAAAAACUCAUUACACACUUUGGGAUCAUGCAGACUACUAGUCUGUGAGGAUAUCAAUAUCCUAUAAAUCCAAAUUAUAAGCUCAAGUUUGUCAAGUGCUAAAAUCACAAUGACUACUGAUUUUAUCAGAAGAACAAGACUGAAUCCUGAAAUUUCCACUUCUGUUCUUUUUCCCCAAAGACCAUAGAUACAUUAUUGGAAUAUGAAGUUUAUUAACUUUUGUAA